AUGACAGAAGUUACGUUCGCCAAAUCGUUCCUCUCGGUUCUGGACUCUCGUCCAGUGAAGCUAUCCCCCGAUCAUGUCGAAGACCCAAAGUCCUACGCGGCGCGGGGCGCUUAUAUCCUCCCCAAGAUGCCGAAGACCAUGAGCAAACGCAAAUCCACAUCCGUCGCUCCGGGCCAAGAACGAAGCCUUACUGUUGCCGUCAAGUCCUUACGAAACCCACCGCUAGACAUCAAGAUCACGUCCCAGACGCUCAACACAUCUGUCCUGGAUAUUAAGACUAGUGUGUCUAAGGACACAGGCAUACCAGUUGAUAAGAUGAAGUUGCUACACAAGAAGAAGCCGAUACCAGAUAGUAAGGUGCUUAAGGAUCUUGCAGGCGAGAGCGAGACGAGUAUAGAGUUCUCAGUCAUGGUCAUGGGCGGGGCAGCGGCGAUAAAAACACCAGCACAGACCGACGUUGCACAAGGUCAAAGCGGUGAGGAAGCUCUAGGCACCAACGAAUUCUGGGAUGAUCUCAAGGGGUUCUUACUACAACGAAUACGAGACGAAAAGAAGGCGGCCGAGGUAGCAGACACAUUCCAAGCAGCCUGGAAGGCAAAGUCAUGA